AUGUCGGUCGUCAUCGAAACCACUAUCGGCGACAUUACGGUGGACCUGUUCCUGAAGCAACGUCCUCGUGCAGCGUUAAACUUUUUGAAGCUGUGCAAGAUGAAGUACUACAACUACAACCUGUUUCACACUAUACAGUCGGAGUUUAUCGCCCAAACCGGCGAUCCAACCGGCAGCGGCGAUGGGGGCAUGUCCGUCUGGGGCAUUCUCGAAGGAGCUCACAAGCGAUACUUUGAGGGCGAAAGUGUACCGAAGAUCAAACAUUCCGAGCCGGGGCUGCUCUCGAUGGUGAACGCCGGCGAUCGCCUUAUUGCGUCACAAUUCUUCUUUACCCUCGGUGCCGAUUUGACCUCGCUGGAUGGCAGCCACACCGUGAUCGGCGAGGUGACGGAGGGCCACGAGGUGCUGCGAAAAUUGAACGAGGUUAUAUGCGAUGAACGGCACCGGCCGUACAAGGACGUACGCAUAACACAUACGGUCGUGCUGGAUGAUCCUUACGACGAUCCGGCCGGAUUUCGGGAACCGAGUCGAUCACCUUCACCGUCGGCCGAGCGGCUGCAGGGCGGACGAAUUGCUGCGGACGAAGACAUCGACGAUCUAGAUGGCAAAACAGAGCAAGAAAUCGCAGAAAUGAUCGCGGAACGGGAGGCGAAAGCGCGCGCUACUAUACUGGAGAUCGUGGGCGAUAUACCGGAUGCGGACAUUGCACCGCCUGAGAACGUGCUGUUCGUGUGUAAACUGAACCCGGUCACAACGGACGAUGAUUUGCAGAUCAUUUUCAGCCGAUUCGGCAAGAUUAAGGGUUGCGAGGUGAUUCGUGACAAGAUGACGGGAGACUCGCUUCAGUACGCUUUUAUCGAGUUUGAAAAUCAAAAGUCCUGCGAGGAUGCAUACUUCAAGAUGGACAACGUGCUGAUCGAUGAUCGGCGUAUUCAUGUCGACUUUUCCCAGUCAGUUUCGAAGGUGAAGUGGCGCGGUAAGGGACGAGGAAUAGAAUUUUCGGAUGGUGCCGAUAAGCGAUCGUUCAAGGAUCAUGAUCGUAAGAAGCCAUCGAAUCGGAACGGAGGGCCAACAAGAAAGCCGCAGAACGAUUCUCCUAAAAAGAAUCGGCACCAUGGUAAGGACGUCUCGCGUUCAGAUCGAUCCCGUUCGAGAUCGGCAUCCAAAUCUAGAUCUCGAUCGCGUUCACGAUCUCGCUCUCGCUCGCCAAAGCGAUCCCAAAAUACGGAUCGCAGGCGUCGUAGUCGGUCUGGGGAUCGUAAACGUGACCAGGACCGAGACAAGUUCCGCCAACGCAACGCUCUGGACGCUGGCAGCCGUAAUAGGAAGGUGAAUUUGACGAGCCGAAAUUCCGCCUAUCUGGAGCAGCGAAACGGAAGAGAUAUUCGAAUAAAUCAAGGAAAAGUGGACUACAAAAAUCGUCCUUAUCCGGUUAGCUUCAUUGAGAGGAAUGUGCCCAAAGACAAGCAGCAGGCCGGACCAGGCGGACGACCGGGAGGUAAACGUCCAGAUCCGCCUCGACGUCGUUCUAGAUCGCGUUCGAGAGAUCGUCGAAACGUGCGUUCUCGAAGCAGAUCCCGCUCACGGGACCGUCGUCACAGUCCGGAUCGCUACAGAAAACAACGAUCGAAUUCCCGAGAAGGGAAUGGACGGAGAAGGAAAACGUCUGAUGGCGAAUACAGUCCCCCAUCAAGUGUUCACAGGCGGGUGGAAAAGGAUGAUCGGAAAACUAAUAUCGUAAAACCGUCUGCUUCUUCUAAAUCUAAACGAGCAGUACAAAAAGAAUCAAAAUCGUCGAAAUCAUCAAAACGACGGUCCUCCAGUUCGGAUUCCUCCAGCCCACGGAGAGGAAAAAAGAAGAGAAGAAGUCCAUCGUCAUCUUCCGGUUCGUCGACGACGGAUAGUUCGUCUUCGUCAAGUUCCUCAACGGAUUCCUCAGACGAACGAUCGAAAAAGAGAAAGAAAAAAUCAUCCAAAAAGAAACCCAAAGUCAGCAGCAAACCUAGGAGACGUAAAGGAUCUGUGUCUUCGGAGGAAGAUAAACGCAAAAAGAAGAAAUCAAAGGACAAGAAAAAGAAGAGGAAACAUUAAACUUAGAGGGGUCUUGCGAGGUAUCGAGUAUUUCAUUCGGGGUUUAAGUAUGAUGCAUUUAAUUGAAUUAACAACGAUUUUAUUUCGAUUUCCCGAGCGGUGUGUAUAGU